AUGAAGUUCAACCACUCGCUGCAAUUCAACGCAGUGCCCGAGUGGACCUCCGAGUACAUUGCCUACUCGCAGCUCAAGAAGCUCAUCUACUCGCUGGAACGUACUGCGCUGGGCGUGCCCAACUACGAGGACGAGGACGAGGAAAACUCGACGCUGAUCCGAGAGGCAGAUUCCAACCCUGAGGAUAUUUUCAAACGAGCUCUGGACGAUGAGCUCAAGAAGAUCGACUCCUUUUACAUGGAGCGGGAGCAGGACAUCUACCUGGAUCUCGACCGCUUGAUCGAGGAUGAGGCUGUUUUCCAGGCUGAACACGCUGGCCACGAACAGGGCUACUGUCCCCAGGAUACCGACAAUGAGCAGCCCUUCAGACUCGCCCGAAGCCGCUCUUCUCUGUCUGUCGACUCCACCGACGGUGAGGAUCUCCACAACCAGUUGUCUCCGGUCCGAUCUCGAGCCCGACAGUCAUUUGGUAAGGCCGUUGCCCCCUCUACAAUCCAUUCGGAUGACUCAGACGAGGACGUAGUGGCUAUUCGAAGAAAACGAACCCGAAGCCAGUCCGGUGCCCGAAGACGACCCUCGUGGUUCCACCAUGGAGGGGAGGAAGACGUCUUCUCAAACCUGUACGACAUGCGAAUUACGCUUAAAAAGCGAGCCACCGCUGUCUACGUCUCGCUGUGUGAACUGCGAUCGUACUCGCAGCUCAACAAGACGGGUUUCUCCAAGGCCCUCAAAAAGUUCGACAAGACGCUCGAUCGACACAUCCGAGAGUCGUAUCUCGAAAACAUGUGUUCCAAAACGUAUAUCUUCUCGCGAGCAACAGAACAGAACCUCGAUCAUCGAGUUGAUGAGGCUGUCGACGUGUACGCCCGUCUCGCGACCAACGGCGACGUCAAGAUUGCCCGACAGGAACUCCGUCUGCAUCUGCGUGAACACAUUGUGUGGGAGCGAAACACUGUGUGGAGAGACAUGAUUGGCAUGGAAAGAAAGGCUCAGGCCGCCAACCUCAACAUCAUUGGAGGAAACAGAAACGUGCGACUGCAGGGAGAAGAACCCACCAGCUUGUUGCUCGAAAAGGUCGACUAUGUCAUGAUGUGGGGUUUCCGUCUACCCCGAGCCAUUGUGGGACGAAGAGCCAUUCUGUGCCUCAUUGGUCUGGGCAUCCUGCUCACCUUCAUCCAUGUCAUCACUCCCUUUGACAGCGAUGCCCAGAACAACUGCCUGGCCAUCAUUGUUCUCGCCUCCUUCUUCUGGGCUACCGAAGCCCUUCCUCUAUUUGUUACCUCCAUGAUGCUGCCGUUCCUCGUUGUCUUAUUGCGUGUCAACCUCGGCACCACCGUUGACAAGCAUGGCAACACCGUCACCUACCGACUCACUGCUCCUGCCGCUGCCGAUGUCGUCUUCUCGCAAAUGUGGUCUUCUGUCAUCAUGUUGCUUCUUGGAGGUUUCACUCUGGCUGCCGCUCUGUCCAAAUACGAUAUCGCCAAGAUCCUGGCCACUGCCAUCUUGUCCAAGGCCGGUACUUCUCCCAGAGUCGUGCUGCUCACCCUCAUGUUUGUGGCAUGGUUCUUGUCCAUGUGGAUCUCCAACGUUGCUUCUCCAGUGCUGUGUUACUCCAUUUCCCAGCCUCUUCUGAGAACACUUCCUCCGGACUCGACCUUCGCCAAGGCCGUCAUUCUGGGUAUCGCGCUGGCUGCCAAUGUCGGAGGAAUGGGAUCACCCAUUGCUUCUCCCCAGAACCUGAUUGCCCUAGAAAACAUGGACCCCAUCCCUACCUGGAUGCAGUGGUUUGCUGUUGCCAUCCCCGUUUCCAUCGUGUCUAUCCUCAUGGUUUGGUUCUUCCUUAUGCUCACUUUCCCUCCCGGAGACCUCAAACUGACCCCCAUUCGACGAAUGAGAGAACCCUAUACUGGCAAGCAGUACUUUGUGGUGUUUGGCUCGCUGGUCACUAUUGUUCUCUGGUGCAUGUCUCAGAAGCUUGAGCCUGUGCUAGGAAACAUGGGUGUCAUUGCUCUUAUCCCCAUUGUUCUCUUCUUCGGAACCGGCUUGCUGACCACCGAGGACUUCAACAACUUCUUAUGGACCAUUAUUGCACUGGCCAUGGGUGGUGUCGUUAUGGGCAAGGCCGUGGCAUCGUCAGGCCUGUUGGCUACUAUUGCAUCUGCCAUUUCUAUCAAGCUCAGCUCUCUGGACCUCUUUGGCGUAAUCGUCGUGUUUGGCAUGCUGGUGCUUGUUGUCGCCACCUUUGUGUCACAUACUGUGGCUGCUCUAGUCAUUCUACCUUUGGUCAAGACAAUUGGAGAGUCUCUUCCCGAUCCCCAGCCGCGAAUCCUGGUCAUGGUUUCAGCUCUGCUGUGUUCGGCCGCCAUGGGCCUGCCCACUUCAGGUUUCCCCAACGUUACCGCUAUUUGCAUGACUGAUGAGAUGGGCCGACGGUACCUCACUGUGUCUAACUUUAUCACUCGAGGUGUGCCCUCCUCCAUCCUGGUCUAUAUUGCCAUUAUCACCAUUGGAUACUUCUUCAUGGUCGUGUCUGGCUACUAG